CAGGUUCGGCGCGCGCGGGGUUUUGCGUGACUGGUAUCCAUGGAAACGGAAUGCGAGAAGGCCAAGCUGUACAGUUAGCAACAGCGGCUAGUGCGUUAACAGAACUGCAUCCGGUUCACGUUUGGUCAGGUUUUUUUUUUUUUUUAAGUUUACUUUCAUCGAAUCUUUUCAAAAUAAAAUGCAGCCAGUCCAGAGUUUGGGGGUGAGCUCCGGACACGGAGAGCAGACUGAAAAAAGCGCGGGAAAUGUGUCUCAGUCAGAAGGGCAAAACUGUGGUGAAAACGGCGCGCUGAAAGAAGCUCAGCAUGUUUCAGAAAACAUCUCCAAACAUCGCACAAGUGUGACUAAAACACCAUCAGGUCCCAGAAUUACGAAGGCGUUUUUAAGGGACCACUGCAAGAAAAACAAGCUGUACGUGACUCCAAGGUUAAACGAAACCCUAUAUCUUCACUACAAAGGUUUCACGAUGAUUGAGGGACUGGAGGAGUACACAGACCUGCGCUGUCUCUGGCUUGAGUGCAACGGGAUCAAGAAGAUCGAGAACCUGCAGAACCAGACAGAAUUGCGCUGCCUUUUCCUCCACCAGAACCUCAUAGAAACACUCGAGAACCUGGAAGCACUCAUCAAACUCAGAACACUCAAUGUGUCAAACAACUACAUCAGGGUCAUCCAGAACAUCUCCUGCCUGACCGAGCUGUCCACACUCCAGAUUUCCCAUAAUUCCCUGGAGAGUGUGAGCGAUGUGCAGGAACUGUGUCACUGUCCCUCCAUCAGUGUUCUGGACCUGUCAAAUAACCGCCUCAAUGACCCAGAAAUCCUGACAGUAUUGGAGAAGAUGCCCAAUCUUAGAGUGCUAAACCUCAUGGGUAAUGAGGUCAUCAAGAAAAUUCCCAAUUACAGGAAGUCACUACUUGUUCGCCUGAAGGAGCUCACAUACCUGGACGACCGUCCUGUGUUUCCUAAGGAGAGGGCCUGUGUCGAGGCUUGGGCCUUGGGGGGUUUGGAAGCAGAACGUAAAGAAAGGGAAUUAUGGCAGACAAGAGAGCAGAGGAAGAUUCGGGAGAGUCUGGAGGCCCUGAACCUGAUCAGAGAAAAUGCACUGAAGCGAAGACGAGCUCGAGAGCAGCAGGAGGAGAAAGGAAUGUCCGAGUCUGGAGAAGAUCAGAACAUGUCCGGUGAAGACCUCGAGCAGACUGAGCAAGCGCAGGAGGAGUCAGUCGUAUUGGAGCAGGAGGAGGACGUACACACUGCAGCGGAGACACUGCAGUCAGACCCAGAGAUGAAGCAGGUUCUGUCCUCAGCUUUGGAUGUUCAGCAGAUGCAGCAAUCAAGUUCAGAAAUGGAGCCCAUUCUCCAGUCAGACCCAGAGAUGAAGCCGGUUCUGUCCCCAACUUUAGAUGUUCAGCAGAUAGACCAAUCAAAUUCAGAAAUGGAGCCCAUUCUCCAGUCAGACCCAGAGAUGAAGCCGGUUCUGUCCCCAACUUUAGAUGUUCAGCAGAUAGACCAAUCAAGUUCAGAAAUGGAGCCCAUUCUCCAGUCAGACCCAGAGAUGAAGCCGGUUCUGUCCCCAACUUUAGAUGUUCAGCAGAUAGACCAAUCAAAUUCAGAAAUGGAGCCCAUUCUCCAGUCAGAGUCAGACACAAAUGACAGUCUGCAACAAGUGUCCUUAAUCGAAGAGGUUCAUUCUCCAGAACUCAUGGAAAAGUCAGGAGAAGAGGAAUACCAACAUCAUGAAACAUCAGAGAGGAAUCAGAAGAACAAACAUGAAGCACCAUCAGGGUCUGAAGCUGAAGAUAUUCUCCCAGUAUCUGACACACAGGGUCCUGUCACCGAACUCAUCCCAGACGAUGAAAUACAGACCAUCAUCCUGUCAGAUGUUCCAUCACUGACCAUCAGUGACCUUCCUGAUCUGGAUGAUCUGGAUACCAUCAACGUAGAAACAGAAUGUCUGGUGUUCCAUCCAAAAAUCGAGGUCAUCUCAGGCAGCAGCAGUGACUCAGAACCAGAAGAACCAUCUCCUGAUUUCUCACUCUUUGGGAACGUUUCUACCAAAACCACACCCAUCAGAGAUGAGAGUCUGAUUUUCACUCAUCAGACAGCAGCAGUGACAGAUCUCCAAGCAGAUGAUGAGCAACCCAUGGCAGAAGGGAAGCAAAAAAAAUGCCUGAUUGAGGAGAUGGACUGAUGUUUAUGAAGGAAAGUGUUCCGUGACUAAUAUUUAAAGGAAUAGAAAAUGUAAAGUAAGUAUAUGCACGGGUUGGUAGCUUGUAAUAUUGAGAGCCUGUAAGAAAAGUUUCAGGCAUGUUUGACCAUUUAUAAGAAAGUUGUGAGCGUUUUUGUAUCGCUGCUCUAAUGCCACCAGGACGCUGCCAUGUUACCUGUUGGAAGGGCGAUGUGUGACGUCAUUUGGGCGCAAGGCUGAGUGUCGCUCUUCAGUACUGAAGGGGCAAAGCCAAAGGGCUGCUAAGGUGACAUUGUUGAUUUUUUUCACUAUACAGCUGAAAUAGUGUAUUAAUGAGCUGCAGCCCUGACUUACGGACAAACCUGAGCUCUUUACCUGUAAAAUGAGGCUGAAACUAUGUGUUAUUCUACUCAUUAGCACCCUUAGCAUGCUCUCGACUCAUGAAAAACUUCCUCAUCAAGACGUCACCAGGCUAGCCUACCGUAAUUACCGUAGUACAGUGGUUCUCAAACUGGGGGGGCGCGGGCACUCGGCGAGUGGGGCGUGUGGUCACAGACCGCUCAGUGGCAAAUGCAAGGGGCUGGUUUACAGUUGCACCAACAAAUACUGAAUGUCUUUGUCUUCAGUCCAGCCAAUGAAAACAGAGAGUUAUUAUUUGAAACCUCAGCAAGGAACUUUUAUAGACACACCUCAAGUACAUAAGAGAUCACAGACAUCGGAAACACCCCACUGUGCAAUCGAGUCGAGCUCGUACCAUUGCAACUUUCAUAUCGCCUACUAUUAGCUUUUCAAUGACCUUUUACCAGCAGCCUUUUUAAAGGCUAUAUCCUUCAUAUUUUUCGAGCACUGCUACUGCAGUAAUAAUUUAAAGUCUUUUUAAAGACUAUUUCAGCCCUCUUUUCUCGCUUUAAAACUCCAUUUAAAUACGAUCUUACCAUCUCUCUUUCCUACUUGUCAACUUACUUUCUCCUUUGUCUCCUUUGCCUACUUGUCAACCUACUCUUUCUCCUUUCUUUAAUCUUUCUCCUACUUUUUUCUCUUUCCUCCACCUUUUUUCUUCAAUUAAAAAUUGUAAGGUCCAACACCGUAUCACAAUGAAUUAUAUUUUAACUUAAUUACAUUAAGCACAGUUUGUAGAUUGCUCAUUUUAGCGGAGCUAAGUCUGGUGCGUGGUGGUAAGGUGCUAGCGUUCGAAACUAAGUACCGCAAUUGCGCACAGAUCGAGGAUGACCUGAGGCUGUGUUUAACUAAAAUUCAAGAACUCUGCCAAACAGAGGCAGGCUCAUGUGUCACACUGAGACAUUCGUUAACACUACCUCUGGUACUCUGGUAGAGUUUGUUUGUUCGUUCAUGUGUUUGUUUGUUAGCAACUUUGCAGAAAAAAAAAUUUACAAACAGAUUUUCAUGAAAAUUUUACUAAAUACGUGUCUUGGCGGCGGCACGGUGGUGUAGCGGUUAGCGCUGUCGCCUCACAGCAAGAAGGUCCGGGUUCGAGCCCCGUGGCCGGCGAGGGCCUUUCUGUGUGGAGUUUGCAUGUUCUCCCCGU